UGUAUGAAUAUUCUGUUUUAGUGUUUACCAAACUGGUUUCCCUUCUACUAAUAUAAGCUUAGUGUUUAGGCAUUGAAAGCAGCGUAUUUUUGUUCACUAAGUUGGGCAGUUUUCAAAUUUCCUUCUUAGAGAACAUUUGCCUGUGGUAGUAUUUUAACAUAUAUGUAGCGUCCUGUGUGUACAUUUACAAUGGAUGUAUGGGAUAGUUGGUGGGUUUUGCAAGUUAUGCAGUUGCUGGGUUUGUUUAGUUUUUGGAUUUCGUUUGCAAAGUUUAGAACUUUACUCUCAAGGGCCUUUGGUUUUGGUCACAAAAUAAUUAAGGGUGACUGCAAUGCAUGGAUCUUUGUUUCCUUCAAUGGGUUGGUCACAGCUGGUUCUUUGAUAUCCUUGCUCUUGAUCCUUUCCUGGGCUUAUUCAUAUGCAUUUCCCAGUUCUCCCUCAGUGAUUAAGAGUUAUGACAUUCCCAACAGUUCUCAUUCACUUGUUCAGAGUUUUCAGAUUCUAAAAUCAAAUGUUUCAAGGGGCACCUGCAAUGUGUUUGAAGGAAGUUGGGUAAAGGAUGAUAGCUACCCUUUGUAUGAUGCUUCUCAUUGCCCUUUUGCUGAAAGGGGUUUUAAUUGCCUUGCUAAUGGGCGUAAAGACAGAGGUUAUACAAAAUGGAGGUGGAAACCAAAGAAUUGUGAUAUUCCAAGGUUUGAUGCCCGUAAAAUACUCGAAGAACUUCGUGGGAAAAGGGUGGUUUUUGUUGGGGAUUCAUUGAGUAGGACCCAAUGGGAGUCCAUGAUAUGUAUGCUAAUGACAGGAGUUGAGGAUAAGAAGAGUGUCUAUGAAAUCAAAGGCAACAAGAUCACCAAACAGAUAAGAUUUUUAGGUGUAAAGUUUAGUUCUUUUGAUGUUAGAAUUGACUUUUAUCGAUCGGUGUUCUUGGUGAAGCCUGGUUCUGUGCCCAGACAUGCACCCCAGAGGGUGAAGACAACACUGAGAUUGGACAAGAUCGAUGAUAUUAGUCAUGAGUGGAUUGACUCUGAUGUUCUGAUAUUCAAUUCAGGUCACUGGUGGACACGGACUAAACUUUUUGACAUGGGCUGGUAUUUUCAGGUUGGUAGCUCAGUGAAGCUUGGAAUGCCAAUUAAUUCUGCUUUCAACACAGCUUUGCUCACCUGGGCGUCUUGGGUGGAGAAUACCAUUAACACAAACAGGACAAGAAUAUUCUUUCGCACCUUUGAAUCCUCUCAUUGGAGUGGACAGAACCAUAAUGCGUGCAAAGUGACUCGAAAGCCUUGGAAGAGAACUAAUGGGAGGGAGAAAAGCCCAAUUUCAGAUAUGAUAAACAGAGUUGUAAAAAACAUGAGUGCACAGGUAACAGUUCUGCACGUUACACCAAUGACUGCAUAUAGAAGUGAUGGGCAUGUGGGCACUUGGAAUGACAAGCCUUCUGUGCCUGAUUGUAGCCAUUGGUGUUUACCAGGUGUUCCUGAUAUGUGGAACCAAAUUCUUCUCUCAUAUUUCCUUCCAAAACAAGGACCAAAUUAGCAUCAGAGUUACCACUUAGCUGCCAACUUGUAGUCCUUGUGUUAUUUAAGCCAUCUAGCUUGGUACUCAACUGUACCCUGCAUCAACCCUGUUAACUUUUAACGUGCGAGCUUAACAGGGGACUAAUGUUUAUACAAAAUUUGAUU